AUGAUGGCAGGGACACAAACGAUCAAGGUUACCCUUCAACGCGAUAGUUUGCAAACUCCAUGGGGAUUUCGACUACAAGGAGGUGCAGAUUUUCGUACACCAUUUACUGUCAACAAAAUCACUGCUGGUAGUCCCGCUGAUGGUAGUCUCCAACGUGGAGAUAUUAUUCUUGAUAUUGAUCAAAGACCAACUCAUUCGAUGCUUCAUUCCGAAGCACUUGAUCUUGUUCAACGAGCUGGUGGUCAAAUAACAUUUCUUGUACAAAGAGGACUAAAUCCUCUUGCAUCUUUUAUACGUAAUCAACGUCCAAUGUCAGCCACACCAUGGUCUUUAGCGAAUACGCCUUCGUAUUUAGACAAGAAUUUCCCGCCGCCUUGGUCACCAUCAGCCGCUCCCCAGAGCCCAUCGGCACUCUUUCGUAAUCGACCGCUGGAACGAGUACCAGCUCCUAAGCCCUUACUUAGUCAAACAGGGAGUCCUCUCAUGCCUGGACCCGUUCCAUCAGUGUCAACAAAAACUCGAGGUUACGUUCAACCACCCUCAUUUCAUACAGAACGAAGUGCUUUACACGAUGUGCCAGCAGUGGCCGGUUCAUUCUUUCCUGCUCACUUUGAAUAUCCCGACACACCAAGGAAGAAUCGCACCGAAUCAAUAACAACGACCACGACAACAUAUCGUAAUUCGUACGAUACACAAGGGUAUCAAGACUCAACACCGUAUGUACCUUCUUACCAAAAGAAGGUGCACAUGACUCCCAAUGCACACCAACCUCAUCAACGUCCUUUGCAACAAUAUCGACCAGCGUCAACUCAACCAUUAAACAUCGUUCAUCGUCAAUUUAAUUCACCGAUGUCACUCUAUUCAAAUGAUAACGUUCAAGAUGCAAUGAAAAGUCAUGUUAGUCAUAUCAGUCGCGUCAGUAUCGUCCCGUCAAUGCCCAGACAAUUACGCGGUACAUAUACAGUUGCUUUAUCACCGCCCAAUUCCACCUAUACAACAGCGAGCACACCAAUUUGUUACGUUAAAUCCCCGAGAAAUGCUUAUUAUGCAUCCGAUUUCUAA